AUGAGUUCCUCUCCGGCUUCUACUUCUUGCUCGGCCGUGCUCUCGGCUCCGAUUUUCCGUCCGAUUGCCAUCAAUCCGACGCUUUUUCCGCUCAAAAUGGAACUUCCGGUCGCUUCGUUCGAAGACGUGGCCCACGUUUCCCUCGGUUCCUCCACCACUUCCAGCUCGGUAAGCCCAUUUGUGAUCAUCUUGAAUUCAUUUAUUCGUUUUCAGAGAUGCUCCUCGACGGAAAGCUCUUCCGCUCCCGGAAAGAUCCGCCGCGGCCGUCCGCAGCAAGAAAUCGCCGACGGACAAGACGCGCACAGCCAGAAGAAGAGACAUCGCCGUCUUUAUGCCCGUCAGUACCGUGCUCAGAUGAGACAAAAGGUCGAGAAUGUGAAGAAUCUGCACGAUGAGAAGGAGCAGUUGGAGAUGGAAGUUAAGGCUCUCCGCCAGAUUGUGAGCACGCUCCAGAACGAAGUCGCCCAGAAGGACUUCCUCAUCGGCCUGCUCAAUUUGAAUCGUGUCAAUCUCUCCUAA